AUGCCACUCUGUUGGGGGGUAUUGAAGAAGUUCUUGGCCGUUGAUGCGGCCAGAUACCUCGAGUUAGGGCUGCGCGGAAAUAUAGUGACCGUCCUCGGCGAUGCUGAGUCUCUGUCUGGGUAUGUGGUGGUAGCUCUAACAUUGUGGUUUAUCGAUUACAUCCUUUCUCGUGGCAUCCCUCGUUGGAGUGUCGAUGCUGCAGCAAACCGGCAUUACGGUGAUAGCGCCGUAUGUAGAUGUGAAUAUAUAAUGGCCCUGGCCCGAAUAAACGAAUCAAGCCGUUCCCCCAGCAUCAACAACCUAACCACUCAGCGGGCAGCUUGA